UGCAUUUCCCAGAUAACUUCGAGUCAAAUGAUGAUUGGAACAGCAUGAGAGGGAAAGAUUGUCAAGUGAAAUUAAGCGAGAUUGUAUUUGAGGCUGAGCGUUUAAAACAUUUAUUUUUCUGCCAGGUUAACUAGAAAUUUUGUUUUGAAGGGAAAUACAAAUCUGCAGACGGUGUAAUUCUGAAUUAAAAACAGGAGAUUUAGCAGGUCAGAGUUUCUCGGGCCAAACAUUAAAUCCAGUUUCUCUUCCCACCGAUGCUGCCGGACGUGCGGAAUGUUUCCUGCAUUGUUACAGCCAUUGUUAUACUCUGAAGUUGUAAUUCUCUCUGUUCUGAAGCAGAAACUAUCACUACUGCCCCUCCCGGAGGAUCCAGACAAAGUCCAAUUAAAGUGAACCAGGGUUGAGUUUCACUGCUGAGCAGGUCACACAUCUCAGUGGCCAGGAGCCCUCGCAGUGCAAGUGUUCCCGAACCCGUCAAGGCUUUACCUCGCCUGUUCAAACAGCUAUGUAAUCCACUUCCUGAAUAUUUCAUGGACACGCACUAUUUUUCGUGGCUGCGCUGCUAGGUUUCAGUUUACAAAAGGAACACCUCUCUCUCAGCAGUAUGAAGCUGCGUUUCAGAAGGAUGAGCUCAUCUGUUUCGCGGGAGCUGCAGUGUCCACAGGUAUUUGGUCGCUCCAUAUCUCAGGAAUCUGUUGAGAGCUCCUCAAUGGAGGACUUCUGGAGUGAGGUGAGGAGCAUUAAGGAAAGCAGACAGAAUGGACAAGAGGAGCAGCCACUAGUGGAAGUCAAGCCAUCGGAAGAAGGGGAAAUGGAAGCAGAGUGGCUUCAGGAGGUGGGAUUGUCCACCCUUGUGUCGGGCGCUGCCGGAGAGAAUGGGAUGGCGCUGCUGUCCACGUUGACCCGGGCGCAGGCGGCAGCGGUCCAGCGCCGGCUGGACACCUUCACCCAGACCACCAGGAGGAGGAGCAAGCAGCCAGUCCGAGAUGUUCGAGACGUGUUUGGUCCUGCGGACUCUCCGGCCAGAAUUGAGUUCAUGGCACCCGAGUCAACACCUACUUCCAAUGGUGUACAACAGGCAGAGGAUAAAACGUCCUGGAAUCCCACAACAGAAAAUAUAAAAAAUGAUGCAAUCGAAAGCCAGCAAAGCAACGCUGAAAUCACAGAAGACCUGACCUGGGAUAUCCCCUACUCCGAGUCUCUGAUGCCAGCUCAGAAACUGCAGCGACCCAGAACCAACUGUAUAAAGCGGCCCAACAACACAACGUUACCGAAAUUCACCAUCCCAAAAGACAGACUUGGGUUAACGCAGAUUGGCGAUCUGUCUUGUCAGGAUAUGAAAAAGAUCCAUAACCUUGCUCUAAUAGAGAUAACCACUUUUUAUGAUGCGCUGGGUUUGGAUCUGAAGAGAAGCAGGCUUGUGAGGGUGAAAGCAAAGGAAACUGGACUCUUUGGUGUUCCCCUCACUACGUUGCUUGAAAAUGAUCAAAAGAAAGUUCCAGGAACAAAAAUCCCUCUCAUCUUUCAAAAGCUUUUGUCAAAAAUGGAGGAAACUGGUUUGGAUGCUGAAGGAAUUCUGCGAGUGCCCGGGUCUGCCUCAAGGGUAAAGAAUUAUCGGCAAGAGCUGGAGUCGAAGUUUUACGAAGCUUUUGAUUGGGACCAAGUUCACCAUAAUGAUGUAGCAGGCUUACUGAAGACCUUCAUCCGAGAACUACCCUACCCAUUGCUCACAGCUGAAUACCUGCCUGCUUUCAUAGCUGUGCAAAACAUCUCAAAGACGAAGCUGCAGUUACAGGCUCUACAUCUUAUCAUCAUGUUGCUUCCUGAUCUCAACAGAGACACUAUUAAGGCUUUUUUGGAAUAUCUCAGCAAAGUCGUAGCAAAUGAGGCCAAAAACAGAAUGAGUUUGUGGAAUGUCUCCAUGAUCGUGGCACCAAACCUCUUCAUGUGUAAAGGGAGAUCUGGAAACCAUCAAGAAGCAGAGGCAGCCACCAAGGCGGCCAAAAUCGUCCAAUUACUAAUCAAAUACCAGGACAUCCUCUGGACGAUCCCUUCCUUUAUGUUAGCCCAAGUGCGGAAGAUGAAUGAAAAUGAGACCAGGCGACGGACAAGGGUGACGUGGCUGACUCCUCCUUCGUUUUUCUUCCCUCCUGCCAAGGGAAACUGCUCGCCCCCGUCUGGAAGCUCUUCCCGAGGUCGAAGUCGGAACCAGGAGCCCGCCAUGUGGGACGUGGCUGGUGUGAACUUGUCUCCAAGUGCUUUAGGCCACAGCUUUAAGCUGGACAUACCAGAGGGAGUGAUCCGUGUUUAUGCCACAAAGCUCUCGAAGGUUUCCAUGGCCAUUCAGCUAGAUAGUGAGACAAAAGCAAGUGAUAUUUUGGCUAGGUUUCACUGUGAGACCAGCACGUAUUCUACUGUACCUCUCAACGGACCCAGCCAUUAUUUGUUCGAAAUUGGUGGAAACAUAGGAGAGCGCUGCCUGGAUCUCAACACCUACAUUCUAGACUUGUACCGUUUAAACCCCAACGCAGCUUGGGUCAUUAAACCAAGAACACUGUGAGAUUGCUUGCUGUAGACCGACGGCCAUAACAUGAUCCUUGAAGCAGAGGUGGCGAAUGUCACUGUUGGGAUUUCUGAGAACUAUGGAUGUUUUACUGUGGAGACUUUGUGCCUAAGGCUUUGGCUGUUGUUACCGGCAGGGGUUUGCUUUCAAUGGUGAUCAUUUCAGUAGUAGUCACCAUCUUACUCCUCAGGUUAAGCGAUUUCAAGCAGCUGGUU